CAACAGCAAAACGAUUCGCUUGAGUACAAUAUUUCGACUGUGUAGUGAUUCAGUCAGUACGCUGUGUGGCUGUGCGAAAAAAACUAUCAAAACAUUCCGCCUGCGUUGGUGUGCCACUCGCCUCGAAGAAAAAAAGGUCCUGUAAAACAAAAAUAUUCACACAAAAGAAAAGGGGUGCAGUGCUUACAAAAAAAAAAAAAAUUAUAAAAAAAAUAUUUAUAAUAAAUUUAUUAUUUUUAAUAAAUUAAAGUGCAAUAAAAGUGUUUUAUCGUUGCUGCUCUGUUUCCAAAGCUGUUUCGUGUGGCAUUGUAAACGCGUUAAUUUGAAAUUGUUCGCCAGCUGCUUGUGAUUAUCUGUCUAUCUAUCUGGAUAUCUGCAUUAAUCAGCAGAUUCCGCAGUUUGUCAAUUGGUACAAAUUAUCGAAAUUUUCUCUUUCACUUCGGGGAAGCCAGCCAGCCAGUCGGUCAGCCAGCCAGCCAUGACAUCAGUGCGCAACAAUGCAGUCUCCGCCGCUCUGCUGCUGGGAUGGGUUAUUUUUGGGUGCCUAAAUAGUUCUGUUCUGGCAGAUGUCGCCCAGAAGUCAAGUGAAAAAUCACAAAACCCAGACAGCGUUGACAUAGACUACUACGAUGAAUCGAGUCCUGAAAAUAUGAAGGUGCCAGGCAAGCCUGCGCCCACACUAAUGCCAUAUUUUGAGGAGGAGAAGAAAACUGUGUAUGCCAAAGAGGACACUAAAGUGGUUUUGCAUUGUCCUGCCAAGAAUUAUAAUGUAAAGUGUGGCGAUAGCAGUGCACAGCUACGACAGGACAGGCCCAGUACAAUGGCAGCAGCAACAACAACAACCACAAAAGCAACUCACUGCAAAUAAUACAAAAAAAAAAACAAUAACGAUAUCAAAACACCACUUAAGACCACCGCAAACAGCAUCACACAUUAAGAUUCGUGCAACAACAGCGUCGACAACGAUUGUAUUAUUUAUCAUACGAUAACAAAAGCAAAACAAAAUCAUUCGCAUCCUCAUCCGCGCACAUCGGUGUUGGUGUGACAAGACGAAUGCACGAGCGGAGUGCAGGCGUGAAGGCGAACGUGUGUCACACUUUGGCAGUAUGGCAGUGUGGCAGUAGGACAGGAUAAGACAGGAACUCCUUUAUGUGCAUGUAAAAUGAACUGUCAAACUGUGGCGCAGACAAAAGCAGCAAUGCGACGAGCACAUUGCAUGAAUAACGACAGCACUAACGACGAUAAGAGGAACAACAACAACAACAACGGCCAAAUACAGGCGAAAAUGUUGGCUGAAGCAGUGGAGGUAGCAGUAUCAGUAGCAGAAAUAUUGGCAGCGGCAGCUGGCAUAACUACAAUCACAAUGCGGUAGAUCCAGUUAAUGGGUAAUACACUCCCACAUAUACAUACAUUUGUUGGAUGGCUUUGAACACAGCUUAAUCAUCUGGGUACUUAGCAAACAAAAGCUUUAAUUAAAGAACAACAGCAAUACAUUUGCACGAAACUAUCAGAGAACAUAAAAAAUAGUAAUUAAUAAAGAUUAAAAAAAAAAAAAACACAUAAACAACAUAAACAACAAUAACUCAUAAACGCUUAAAAACAUAAAUAAAAUAAUCCAAAUGGGCACUUUCGAUUUGGCAAGACUAGCUAUGCCGGCACAUGGGCCGCCUAGCAUACUGGAACCUUUAGCACCUUCAUUCCGCACAACGAGCACAUCGACGACUACAACUACAACAACUACGACAACCACAACCACAAUAGCGCCUUCCGUUUUCUUUACCGUUAUGCUGGACAAUGUCACCACAGUAAUUAUCUUAGAUAAUGAAAUAGCACAAAAUCAAACGAACACCACUAGCAUAUACGAACCGAAGGGACCACGCUAUUCGGUCUCCUCAAUGGUGUUCAUGGGCAUAAUUGCCGCCAUACUCAGCAUACUCACAGUGGCGGGCAAUGUUAUGGUUAUGAUCUCAUUCAAAAUCGAUAAACAACUACAAACAAUCAGUAAUUACUUUCUAUUCUCGCUGGCCAUUGCCGAUUUCGCCAUCGGUCUCAUAUCAAUGCCACUUUUUGCAGUCACCACGAUCUUAGGCUACUGGCCACUUGGUCCACAUAUCUGCGAUACAUGGCUGGCGCUGGACUAUUUGGCAUCGAAUGCCUCGGUAUUGAAUUUGCUAAUAAUCAGUUUUGAUAGAUAUUUUAGCGUUACACGACCUUUGACAUAUCGCGCUAAACGUACCACCAAUCGAGCAGCAGUCAUGAUUGGCGCUGCCUGGGGCGUAAGCCUGCUAUUGUGGCCACCUUGGAUUUACAGUUGGCCAUAUAUUGAGGGUAAACGUACCGUACCGCAAUACGAGUGCUAUAUACAAUUUAUUGAGACCAAUCAGUACAUUACUUUUGGUACUGCACUGGCCGCAUUCUAUUUUCCGGUAACAAUUAUGUGCUUUUUGUAUUAUCGCAUUUGGAGAGAGACAAAAAAGCGACAAAAGGAUCUGCCCAAUUUGCAAGCGGGCAAAAAGGAUUCGUCGAAACGUUCCAACUCAAGCGAUGAGAACACAGCCGUUAAUCACACAGGCAUGUUAUCGUUUUCACAACUGGGCGGCAAUGCAGGCGAUCAUGACACAUGGAGACGACCAAGAUCUGAGUCUUCUGCCGAUGCUGAGAGCGUUUACAUGACUAAUAUGGUCAUUGAUACGGGCUAUCAUGGUCUGCAUUCACGCAAAUCGAGUAUCAAAAGCACUAAUACCAUCAAGAAGCCAUAUUCAUGCUUUGGUGGCAUCAAGGAGUGGUGCAUCGCGUGGUGGCAUUCAGGACGUGAAGAUUCCGAUGAUUUCCCAUAUGAGCUAGAGGAACCAUCGGAUUUUGGUUGCACUUCAAUGGGUGUGGUACGCGAUAACUACUCUCUCGGCGGCAGUGGGUGCGGCGUACGUCCGCCAAGCAUACUGUUACCCGAUGUCUCACCCACCCCACUACGCCCGCCCAUGACACCACUCUCCCAGCUACAAGAGAUCUCUUCGGCAUCGGGAGCGCGUGAUUCACGCUCCCUACCUGGCAAUAAUCGCAUCGCUUCGCGUUCGGUAAGUCAAGAUUCAGUUUAUACAAUACUAAUACGGCUACCCUCGGAUGGGGCAAGCGCCAACAAUGGCCCAGAGGCGCCAUCGAUCAAAAUGAUACACGAAGAUGUGUCGUUACCAAUCAUUGGUGGGGCUGGUGGUGGUGGUGGUGGUGGUGGUGCACCGCCACCAAGACGGCCACUUUCGUCGCGUGAUUCCGAAUACAGUUUGCCGUUGGGAAGACGCAUGUCUCAUGCUGCACACGAUGUACGCAUACCGCUCAAUGCGAAAAUCAUACCCAAACAAUUGGGCAAAAAUGUGCAUGCAACAGCGCGUGCAGCGGCUAAGAAGAAGAAGAAGUCACAGGAGAAGCGACAAGAAUCGAAGGCAGCGAAAACAUUGUCGGCCAUCUUGCUGAGUUUCAUUAUCACUUGGACACCUUACAAUAUACUGGUGCUAAUCAAGCCACUCACCACAUGUUCCGAUUGCAUUCCCAAUGAAUUGUGGGAGUUUUUCUAUGCGCUUUGUUACAUUAACUCAACUAUAAAUCCGGUUUGUUAUGCGCUUUGCAAUGCAUCCUUCCGCAGAACCUACAUACGCAUACUCACCUGCAAGUGGCACACACGCAAUAGGGAGGGCAUGACGCGUGGCGUGUACAACUGAGUGAGGCCUGCCGAGGGGACGCUGAUGCGUCGGCGGGAGGGUAAUGCGGGCCUAUUUGAGCUGAAGCAAAAUUCAAAACUUAAAACAUAAUGAUAGUGAAGGAAGGAAGGUGCGUACUGUGAGAUGUGAGUAAAAAUUUGAGAAAAUUUGUGGGCGGGAAUAACUAAGAAAUAUGCUGAGUAAAUAUAUAUUAGAGUUUGUAUGUUUAAGUAUUCCAGUUUAGGUAUUGUAUUUACACAUUAUUGACGUUAUGUAUUGUACGUAGACAUACAUAUGUACUAUGUAAGCACAUACAGCAGUUGUUGCUCACUGAUUUGUUGGAGCCCCGACGUUUGUACCAACAUGUAGAUAUUCGUAUACAUAGAUAUUGCUAGUAUAUUUAAAUACAUAUUGUAUCACUUAGAUUAACCAUAUUAAUUUGGCACCAACAAAAAAACUAAAAUCCCAAAAAAGAAACUAACACAACAUAAAAUCUAAAAUAACAUUUAACCUAAGGACCUUAUGAAAGGAUAAUUGUGUUAUCUGGAAAGACUUGAUUCCUUUAUUUUUGUGUACAUUUUGUUAUAAGUAUUCGUGCAAUAGGAAGAAUUUUAUACCGCCAAAGUACUGAUUUUUUAAUAAAUACUCGUAAAUGUAAUGAAUAAUAACUAAUAAUGAAUGUAAUGGAAAUUAGCAUACUAAAUACUAAGCAAAACUUGAAAGAAAAACCAUUAACUACAUACAUACAUAAUACACUAAAUCAAUAUAGAAAAAUAUGAAUGAAAAUGUAGAUGUAUGUUUGGAGUAAAAUCAUACUACAUAUGUAAAACAAGAUUAAACACAAUAACAAAUCAUUAGCGUAACUAGAAAAUUAAUACAUAUGUACAUAUAAAACUUCCUAAACACAUACAAAACUUCAUACAUGCACAUACAAAUAUAUGC